UGGUAUCUUCCUCUCGUGCUACUUGACCCCCUCUUCGCCUGUCUACGGCCUGAGGGGUGCUCGAAACUACGCAGGAGUGGAGUGGGUAUUUGGACGCGUUGUGCAUCAUGCACAUGCAGUUGACGAGACCUUGUGUUGUCGCAGCAGCCGUCGCUUCUCUGCAGUGCCUUUGCUCGAAGGCCUUCGUGCAGCCAUUCUCUCAACAUCGAGCGAAGCAGAGAAUAUGGCCCCACCAAUACUCGUGUAAGAGUACCUCCUUGCCUGUCCAGCAACGAGCGAGAUCUUAUCAUGUUAGCAUGAUGACGGAAACGACUAGCGACACUUCUCCCGGCCGGAAGGACGAGGUCCUUGCCGUGCUGUCGGCUGUGAUGGAUCCCGAUCUAUCAAUGGACAUAGUAUCGCUCGGCUUUAUCAAAGAGCUUGAGAUUUCUGGUGAGGACGAAGGCCGACAGGUCGUGACCUUCGAUGUCGAGCUAACCACACCUGCUUGCCCGGUGAAGGCCCAGUUUCAACAAGAUUGCCGAGAUCUCGUUGAGGCACUACCCUGGGUUGAUCGGGCUGAAGUGACGAUGACAGCGCAGCCAGUGCGGGAUGUGUCGGACACCGUCCCUACUGGCCUGUCAAAAGUUGCCACCAUAAUUGCGGUCUCCAGCUGCAAAGGCGGCGUAGGGAAAUCGACUACAGCUGUCAACCUCGCCUACGCGCUCGACAAGCAAGGUGCCAAAGUCGGGAUCCUCGACGCCGACAUCUAUGGUCCGAGUCUACCCACCAUGGUUAAGCCCGACAGGGAGGAAGUGGAGUUUGUGGGAAAUCAGAUUCGACCAAUGACAGCUCACGGGGUGAAGCUCAUGAGCUACGGCUUCGUAAACCAGGGAGCAGCCAUUAUGCGAGGUCCCAUGGUCUCCCAACUCCUGUCGCAGUUCGUUACACUUACGAGUUGGGGGGAAUUAGAUUACUUGGUGAUCGACAUGCCUCCGGGCACUGGAGAUAUUCAGCUGACCUUGUGCCAGGUCUUGAACAUUACAGCAGCAGUAAUCGUCACAACUCCUCAAAAGCUCAGCUUCACCGACGUGGUGAAGGGGAUUGAUCUUUUCGACACUGUAAAUGUUCCAAGCGUGGCUGUGGUGGAGAACAUGGCCUACUACGACGCGGUCGAUCAAACGGCGUUCAAAACUGGCUUGGAGAGUAACAUCGAGGAUCUGCUCACGCUUGAUAGCGAUGAGUUGUCUGCCGCUGCAGCUCGCGAAGGUCUUGCUUCACCGCCUCAAGACGAGACGGCUUUGCGAGCUGCGGUGAUCGCCGAAGUGAUGAAAAAGCGAGCCAGCACAAAGCAGCGGGAGUACAUUUUCGGGAAGGGACACCAAAUGCGCUUGGCGGACAUGUGGGGCAUAACGAACACCAUUCGCAUGCCCUUGGUGGCGGAUGUGGCGUCCAGCGGAGAUUCAGGUAUUCCGUUCGUUGUGUCCAAGCCCGACAGCGACCACUCGGAAUCCUUCUCACAGUUGGCGGAAGCUGUUGUACGAGAGGUGGCAAAACUUAAGUUCAGCGACAACGACCGGCCGAUGCUGUCGUUCCAACCGGCCGAAGGCACCGUCAUGAUAGAGACGAGUGGCGGCAAGCAAGUGAUGGCCGCGGCCGACCUUCGGCGACAAUGCCGGUGCGCUCUCUGCGUCGAGGAGUUCUCGGGAAAGCCCCUGCUGGACCCUGCGAGCGUGCCUGAGAACAUCGUACCGACUGAGUUUGCCCCGAUAGGAAACUACGCGGUCAGCGUCAAGUGGGAUGAUGGGCACAGCUCUCUGUAUCCAUACAAGAACUUUGCAAAGGGCUAUAAACCGCGUACGAAGAGUCCCGAGCUAUCACCCGUCUAAAGCGUUGCGAAGUAAGUGUAGAGCUUUUGGAU